UCCAGCCUACCCUGCAUCUCUUCCCUCUGAAUUGCAGAAACCCUCCCAGCCUCCAUGCCACCUUUCCUGGUCACCCUCUUCCUCCUUCACUCUUGCUUCCUCCAAGCAAAUGGCCACCUCCGUGAAGGAAUGACAUUGCUGAAGACCGAAUUUGCACUUCGCCUCUACCAGAGCGUGGCCGCGUGUAGAAACGAGACGAACUUCGUCAUCUCUCCUGCUGGUGUGUCCCUCCCCCUGGAGAUCCUGCAGUUCGGAGCAGAAGGGAGCACUGGCCAGCAGCUGGCAGAUGCCCUGGGGUACACUGUCCAUGACCAAAGGGUGAAAGAUUUCUUGCAUGCUGUUUAUGCCACAAUACCCACCUCCAGCCAAGGCGCCGAGAUGGAGCUGGCCUGCAGCCUUUUUGUGCAAGUGGGAACACCGCUGUCCCCCUGCUUUGUGGAGCAGGUCUCCUGGUGGGCCAACAGCAGCCUGGAACCAGCCGACCUCGGUGAGCCCAACGGCACCGCCGUCCAGACUAGCGAAGGGGCUUCCAGACAGACUGCAGGUGAGGGCCCCAGUGAGGGCCCUGGUGGCUGGCCGUGGGAGCAAGUUGGUGCAGCAUUUGCUCAGCUUGUGCUUGUGAGCACUAUGUCCUUCCAAGGCACUUGGCGGAAGAGAUUCUCCUCCACAGACACGCAGAUCCUGCCUUUCACCUGUGCCCACGGCCUCGUCCUUCAGGUCCCCAUGAUGCACCAAAUGGCCGAGGUCAACUACGGUCAGUUCCAAGACACCGCAGGACAUCAGGUGGGGGUGCUGGAGGUGCCUUACCUGGGAAGUGCAGUGAGUCUGUUCCUGGUGGUGCCCCGUGACAAAGACAUCCCCCUGAGCCACACUGAGCCACACCUCACAGCCAGCACCAUCCACCUCUGGACCACCAGCCUGAGGAGAGCCAGGAUGGAUGUGUUCCUGCCCAGGUUUAGGAUCCAAAAUCAAUUCAACUUAAAAAGCAUUUUAAAUUCUUGGGGAGUCACUGAUCUUUUCGAUCCACUCAAAGCUAACUUAAAAGGAAUUUCAGGCCAAGAUGGCUUUUAUGUUUCUGAAGCAAUCCACAAGGCCAAGAUUGAAGUUUUGGAGGAAGGCACCAAGGCAUCUGGAGCCACAGCUCUGUUGUUAUUGAAAAGGUCUCGGAUUCCUACUUUUAAAGCAGAUCGGCCAUUCAUCUAUUUCCUGAGAGAACCUAACACAGGUAUUACAGUGUUUUUUGACAGGAUUCAGAUAAUUAUUUAUCAGUGUCUCUCUAGCAACAAGGGCUCAUUUGUCCACUAUCCCCUCAAAAAUAAGCAUUCUUUCUAG